UGUUGUUAUCGGUAAACAAAACGGUUACAAGGCAAUUUCACAACUUGGUUUAUAUAAAAUGCGUCUCCGGGUCCCGCCGCAAUUAGAUGUACUUGUGAAAUUAAGACAGUUUCACCUGAGCUCACAUCACUUGUGGAAAAUAAUUAAAAUUAAGGAUCGAAACCAUGUCUGCCUUCGGUGCUGAAGUAAAUGAAGUCUGGCCAGCGGUUUCUGGAGACUCGCAGCCCCUGACGGAGUUCGGGAUGAAGCUGCUCCAGGCCUGCCGGAAAGUAAAGAAGCCGGAAGCCGACAUUGAUGGCCUCGUCCCCAUGGUCCUGAAGAAAUCCAAAGAGUUUCCCUUGCCAUUUGGGGUGGAGAGUGUCCGUGUCCAUAAACAGUCACCACUACGGCUGGGCAGCAUUUGUACGCAGAUAGCUUCGGCGUAUCCGGUUAUCCACGAACGUACCUUGGGACUUUAUUUGCAGUACUUGGAGCAUAAAUGCAAAUGGGGAAAUUCCAUUGAGAAACCCGUCUACCAGCACCUCUCCCUCUGCGGUUUUGUGCAGCGUCUGCUGGAAAAGCGCUGUGCCAGCUUUAUAGCCCGUAAUGACAAGUACCUGCUCCUCAGCGGCGAGAGGGGAGCCAGCGGCUUUGAAACUGUGGGAACGCCCCAGGAGAAGGCACCCUUGGUGCUGGCCGAUUUGCUCAGCUACGAUGACAUCAAGCUGUCCGCACUGCUAUCCGUCAGCUCCCACACCAUAUUCAUCAAUGAGGGCGAGCGUGCCAACUGCGGUCGCGUUGCCUUAAAUUCCAAGACCCUGGAGCCGAGUGGUGUAAUCGUGGGCAUGAUCGGAGCCCGGCUGUCGCGGCGAAAUCUGAUGGAGUUCCAGGACAUUGUGAUUGCCCGGACGCAGAACACCCGGGAGCGGGGCUACGGCAUGGCUUUGGGUGAACCGGCCACCACGAGAGAGCAGGACUACCGGCGCUUGUGGCGUGGAUUCUAUGCCAUGCGCGACCUGGUGCACGGCCAGGCUACCAUUGACCACGAACGGUUCGGUCCCUCGGGCAACAAGCAGGAUGUUUUCGACAAUAUGGCCAUGAAAAGGCGCUACGCGAUCAGCUUCGACUUGCUGCUCCUGGAGGCCCAAGCCCGUGCCAAGGCAACGAACCGUCUGGCCUACCUCCAUGUGGUGGGCUUUGGCUUGGGUGUGUGGAAGGUAGCCGUCCAGCAGGAGCGCAUCUUCCUGGAGGCCUUUGAGCAGCGCAUGCGCACGCUGGGCUCAAGGCUGGACCACUUGGGUGCCGUUCACUUCUCUUGGUUCACCAUGAAGGAAUGCGGCGGCUUGAAGGACGGUGCUCUGGUGGACAUUCCCGGCCAUCCCAAGAAGGGUAUUCGUGUCCACAUCUCCAAACGAAAUCCAGCUGAGAAGUUGACGGGGCCGGAGAACGCCGACAUGCUGCUAGUGGUGUCCUAUGCCUGGGAUGGUAAUGCUCUGCCGGGCAACGAGUUUUGGAUGAAAAUGCUCAAGUCCACGGGCGACUCCUCGACGGCCUGCUCCACCCUGGUGGCUGAGCUUCAUAAUCCGCACAUCAACACGGUGUUCUGCAAUGGCGACAAUCUGCACAUCGCCUCCCCGGAGUUUGGCGUCCUCCACAUAGCCGAGUACGCGAAGCGAGUGCUCGCGGGAGAUAGCUAGAGGAGGCUUCCGUAUCUAAUCUGUUUUAUUAUCUAAUCACCCAAGAGGAAAGCUACUACACCCUUGCUGUAGGUCAAAUCCAUGACCUUUUUCUAAGAAAACACACACUGUUCUUAGUUCGCUUUAAAAAAAAAUUUGUUUAAAUAUAUAUAUGCACU